UUCCGAGACCUAGGAAAUGACUGUCAUACCGUGGGUCUGCUCUCGGUGUCUGGUGCGGUCUUUUAGGGCCUCUCUUAACCAAUGCAUUCUUCCACAACGUCGGACCUUGAAGACAGUCGCAGAUCUCUCUCCAGGCCUCUCUCCAGCCCUUCUCUCACGCGCACGCUCUCUGGCCGGCGAACAUGCCGCGCUCACAACGCAAUUGGCCGAUUCCUUCAAUCCUAAGGUCGCAAAGCGAAUCGGGGAGAUAGCACAGGUUGCAGGUACUCUCAAGGAGUGGGAUAAUGCAAACAAAUCCAUAUCUGAGCUACAGUCCUUGCUAGAUGACCCAGAAACGGAUACAGAACUGAAGUCAUUGGCCGUUGAAGACCUAGAAACUAGCAAGCACGUGCUGCCCACUAUAGCAGAGAGUCUCAAAAAGGCACUCAUUCCUCGCCAUCCUUUUGCAGAGCUCCCAUGCCUGCUUGAAAUUCGGCCUGGGGCAGGUGGGGAUGAGGCAGGCCUGUUUGCUUUUGAGUUGUUGAGAAUGUAUAUUGCCUUCUGCUCUCGCCUGGGCUUUCGUUGUACCAUCAUCAAGAAAGAGGGCGGAGAAGGCUCUGCAGAGGACCGAUUGAGCGAAGCGGUCCUGGAAAUAGAAGCGGAUGGUGCCUACGACACAAUGAGAACCGAGUCAGGCGUGCAUAGGGUUCAGAGAGUCCCAGCCACGGAAGCCAAGGGCCGAACUCACACUAGUGCUGUGAGUGUGAUGGUUCUCCCUAGCUUCCCGGACACAGGAAAUGACACCGAAGGAACAAAUGGGUUCGAUGACCCCAAUAGCGACUAUUACAUUGACCCACAAGAAGUUCGCACGGAGAAGAUGCGAGCUAGUGGUGCUGGCGGACAGCAUGUGAACAAGACCGAAUCUGCUAUCCGUCUUACUCACAUACCGACCGGUAUCGUAGUCUCGAUGCAAGAUUCACGAUCGCAGCAUUCCAAUCGAAAGAAGGCCUGGCAGGUAUUGCGUGCGAAACUGGCCGAACAGAGGCGAGAGGCUCGGGAACAGGAACUGGUUGCGCUCAGGAGAGGAGCUAUGGGCGGCGUCGCCCGGAUGGGCCGAGGCGAUAAGGUUCGCACAUACAAUUACGGACAGAAUCGCUGCACAGACCAUCGUAGCGGGCACACUGUGCACAACGUAGAUGACGUUCUAGCUGGUGGCCAGGGACUAGAGUCCGUCAUGGAUAGUGUGCGGACAUGGCUCGUUGAUCGCGAGAUUGCAGUCAUGGCGGCUGAAGCAUCAGCCAAGGAUGAGGUACAGCGACGUGCCUAGGAGACAUGGGAGUAGGACUAUGAAUCUAUUCGGUGGCAUGGCCACUAUGCUGUGUACUCUGACUUUAGCAGCUCCAUUCGAAAUCUCCACACUGCAACUGCGCAUACAUGGA